CCGAUCUCUGAAGCCCUGUUGCUUGCCGAGCUCGAGUAGAUCCCGAAACGGAAGUGCUCGUAGGGGCCAAUUCUUAUAACGGUUUUCUCUACCGGGAGCUAAAAUUAUCGAGAGUGCGUGCGAGCCCCAAGGUAAGGCCUGGGUCGAAUGCUCCAGUCGGAGGGGUCCCUGCACUCGAAGGUUUCCAGCUCCGGCCCAGACGCCUCCAGCGCGGGGAGAAGGAAAAAGAGGCACCUGAAAGGCUUCACCUGACUUGGGGCUUCUCAAGACCUGGGCAUGGCUCAAGCUUUGCACAUCUCUGCCUUUUCCCAAGAAGAGCAAGAAAUGGUCGAAACCUGGGGACCAGUGACUUUUGAGGAUGUGGCUGUGGAUUUCACCCAGGAAGAGUGGCAGUACCUGAACCUUCCCCAGAAGAUUCUAUUCAGAGAUGUGAUGUUGGAGACCUAUAGCAACUUAGUCUCUGUGGGGCAGGAAGUUACCAAACCAGACCUCAUCCUCAAACUGGAAUUAGAAGAGUUGUUCUGGGAAGAAGGAAAAAUCCCAUUUUGGAACCUCCCAGAAGAAGCCCACCAUGUUGAUGAACAGAUUGAGAGACUAUAUCAAUUUGAUGCACCAAUUGAGAGCCGGUUCCAGAACAGUGAAGAUAAAUGUGUGAUGAUGGAAGUUGAAUUCCCUAACAAGAAAAUAAUAAGCCCCACUAGGGGUGGUUAUAAUGAAUUUGGGAACACACUUCAUCUGAGUACAAACCUUAUUGCUUCAAUACAACGACCUUAUAAACAUGAGUCAUUUGUAAAUAAUAUGUUAGAUAAUUUAGACCUGUUUAGUAGAAGCUCUUUAGGAAAGAAAUAUGAUAAUGGAUGUGCAAAAUUAUUCUUCCAUACAGAGUUCGAGAAGACAAAUCUUGGAGUAAAACCCUACAUAUAUAAAGAGUGUGGGAAGGUCCUCAAGAGAAAAGAUCUUAGUCUACAUCAGAGAAUCAAAAAUGGAGAGAAACCUUUUGAAUGCACUGCGUGUAGGAAAACCUUCAGCAAGAAAUCACACCUCAUUGUACACUGGAGAACUCAUACAGGAGAAAAACCCUUUGGAUGUACUGAAUGCGGAAAAGCCUUUAGCCAAAAAUCUCAGCUUAUUAUACACUUGAGAACUCAUACAGGAGAGCGACCCUUUGAGUGUCCUGAAUGUGGAAAAGCCUUCAGAGAAAAGUCAACUGUUAUAAUACACUAUAGGACACACACAGGUGAGAAACCUUAUGAAUGUAAUGAAUGUGGAAAGGCCUUCACUCAGAAAUCAAAUCUCAUUGUCCAUCAGAAAACACACACAGGAGAGAAAACUUACGAAUGCACUAAGUGUGGGGAAUCUUUUGUACAAAAGCUUGAUCUAAUCAUACACCAUAGUACUCAUACAGGAAAGAAACCGCAUGAAUGUAAUGAGUGUAAGAAAACUUUCAGUGAUAAGUCAACUCUUAUUAUACAUCAGCGAACUCACACAGGAGAGAAACCUCAUAAAUGCACUGAAUGUGGGAAGUCUUUCAAUGAGAAGUCAACUCUCAUUGUGCAUCAAAGAACUCAUACGGGAGAGAAACCCUAUGAGUGUGAUGUGUGUGGAAAAACCUUCACCCAAAAAUCUAAUCUUGGUGUACAUCAGAGAACUCAUUCAGGAGAGAAACCCUUUGAAUGUAAUGAAUGUGAGAAAGCAUUCUCUCAGAAAUCUUAUCUCAUGCUUCACCAAAGAGGUCAUACAGGAGAGAAGCCCUAUGAAUGCAAUGAAUGUGAAAAAGCAUUUUCCCAGAAAUCAUAUCUCAUUAUACAUCAAAGAACUCAUACAGAAGAAAAACCCUAUAAAUGCAAUGAAUGUGGCAAAGCCUUUAGAGAAAAAUCAAAGCUCAUUAUACAUCAAAGAAUUCAUACAGGAGAGAAGCCCUAUGAAUGCCCUGUAUGUUGGAAAGCUUUUAGUCAGAAGUCUCAGCUCAUAAUACAUCAGAGAACACACACAGGAGAAAAACCCUAUGCAUGCACUGAGUGUGGCAAAGCCUUCCGCGAAAAAUCAACAUUCACUGUACAUCAGAGAACGCAUACAGGAGAGAAACCCUAUAAGUGUGCAGAAUGUGGGAAAGCCUUUACCCAGAAAUCAAACCUUAUUGUACAUCAGAGAACACAUGCAGUAAAGAAAGUCCAUGGGAAAGGCCAUGCCCGGAAGUCAAAGCUCAGUGCACAUUAGAAAGUAAAUUAAGAAUGCCUAGCAUGUAUGCUGGAGAAAAAUUUUCAUGAAUUAGCAUUUUUAAGUAUGUUCUGAACUUCUAGAGAAUAAUGGCAGCAUUAAAAAUUUUUAAUUCUCAGGGUCUGGAACAAUAGCACAGCGGGUAGGAUGUUUGCCUUGCAUGUGGCCGACCCGGGUUCGAUUCCCAGUAUCCCAUAUGGUCCCCGAGCACUGCCAGGAGUGAUUCCUCAGUGCAAAGACAAGAGUAUCCCCUGAGCAUUGCCAGGAGUGACCUAAAAAGAAAAAAAUUUCAUUCUCAGGGCUGGAGAGAUAGCUCAGUGGACUGAGCACAUGCAUCGCGAGGCCUGGACUCCAUCCUGGGCAACACAUGAACUCUAAGCACUUCUGAGCGUGAUCCCCAAGCACUGAACCAGGAGUAGCCCCAAGCAUUGCUGGGAGCAGACGUGAAAGAAAAAUUUUCAUCUCAGUCUUCACUCAAAAGCUACAGGGAGAAAAAGAAGCAGAAAUAUGAUCUCUGUUAGAAAUACAUCACUGAAACUCUGGUGAGAGGACUGGCAGAUGAAAUCAAGAGCCAGUACCAAAGGUUUCAGAGAUCAUUCAUGACUCUAGAUAUGAGACCAAGUUGAUAAAGACUUUUAGCUGAGGUUCAGGAUAUAAGAAGAGGUUCAUGUCCAUAUAUAAAAUGAAGACACAUAUUUAUAAUAACAGUAAUAGAGCACGUGAACAGAUAGAAGGUGGGUUGUUUUCUAGACAUUUGAGAUCUGAAGAGAGAAAACAAGGGAUAUCAACAAGGUAUCACUAAUACAAGCCAUAUUUACAGAAAGUCUAUACUCUUAGGCACAGUAGUGGGGCAAAAGAGAAGGGAGUUUUCCUUUUCAAGAACCCUACAAUUGCUCCUGUUUAGUAAAUCCAGAGCUAUAAAGAUUGAAAGAACCACCACAUUGGAAAAAAUUCUAGUUGUAAGAAUAAUUCUUACCUGCCUAGAAUGUGGCUUUGGUUUAAAUGACCUCCAGCCAAAAUGUACAGGAAAAAAAUUUUUUUUUCCUGGAGGGAUGAUUCCAAAGUAAUUAAAACCACUAUUUAUAUGGCCAUGAGCCAGAAUUUCUGCUUGUAGAAUGUUUGUAUUUUCGUGCAUGUACAAAAUGGGAAUGCUACACACAGAGGAAUUUGUUGAUGUACUAUUUAUAGAAAGGAUUUGAAGCUGUCUAGAAGACAUAACCAGGGUCUGGUAAGUGAAGCAACAGCAAAUUCCUUAGUAGACAAAAAUAAAUAAAAAUAUGGAGAACUUGGAUACCAUUUUAUGUAGUGAUGUGAGAUGAUCUCCAGUAUACAUUAUUAGAUGAGGAUAGUGGUAUAAAAUGCUGCCAUUUGUACAUAAAAAGGAGAAUACGUGGUAAGUACAUAAUUGAGUGUAUUGCAAAAAAUCUCUUUAGAAAGAUAUGCAAGAAGCUGGGAAUCUUAAUUACCCCUGGGUAAAGAAAGAGGAAGAGGGUGGGUAGGGAGAUGAAAUAGUGAAAGAGCAAAUUGUAUAGCCUCUCACAACUUAAAAAAAACUACAUUAUGUGAAUGUACUACCUUUUCAAGAAAUAAAACUUUUUAAAAAGAAUAUUUUGUUUCAUGACUGUUAAAAUAAGCUGGAUUCCAGGUACAGGAUUUAUAAUAUUUUAUAUAGAUAUGCUCAAUGUGUACUUCAGGUGAAUAUUGUAUAAACCUAGGAUAAUCAAGACUACAGUAUAUUUAUUACUUAGUGUACUCAGUGAAAUCUAUGAAAAUACUCUGCAAUAAAUCCCACUGUCUUUUCUAUCUUAUUAAUAUGAUUUAAAUUACUUAAUAUGUGUAUGAAUAUACAGUUGACCCUUGAACAAAACAAGUUUGAAUUACAUGGUUCACUUAAGUAUAGAUUUUUAAACAUGGUUCUAAAUUUAUUUUUCUCUUGUGAUUUUCUUAACAUUUUCUUUUCCUGGGGCUGGAGCAAUAGUACAGUGGGUAGGGCAUUUGCUUUGCAUGCAGACAACCCAGGUUCGAGAUCCAGCAUCCCAUAUGGUCCCCCAAGCACCUCCAGGAGUAAUUCCUGAGUGCAAAACCAGGAGCAACCCCUGUGCAUCACCGGUGUGACCCAAAAAACAAACCAAAAAAACCUGAACAUUUUCUUUUCUCCAAAUGAUGUUAAUCUAAGAAUAUAAUAUAUGCUAUAGAACACACAAUUUGUAUUAGCCAAUAGUAUA